AUGGACAGUGUAAUCCCCGAUUUGACACGUGUACAAAGGUUGAAUUCAAUUGACUUACAGUGUGAUAGCACGGGUUUAUUUUAUUGGGUAGCUGAAAGGAAAUUCUCAGAUGUAUGCUUGACAAUGAAAGCAAUGAUUCAGUGUCAAUUUAAAAAUCAUAUAAUUGUCUGUAUCACAAAACAACCUAAAGGCAUAAAACUAGGACUAGCUAGUUUUGUUCUUCCUUUAAGAUCAACUUCUAUACCAAUUAAAGAAGUAAAACCAAUUAUUAUUGUCUGUGAAUCUAAAGUUAUUGAAAAAGAAUGGCGAUCAUUGAAAAAUUUUCCAGGCAUUUAUGUUUUAUCAGGAUCACCUUUGUAUAGAGCUAAUCUUCGAGCAGCUGGAGUUGAAACUUGUUCGACUUGUGUUGUACUCUCAUGUUUACAUGAUACUUCUGGAAGACCAUCAUUAAUGAUUGAUAAAGAAAGUAUAUUAUGCACUUUAAAUAUUCGCCAGUUAUUAGCUGAAGCCAAUAAAACAAAUAAUACUGAACGAAAUCAACCUAUGCUUGUCAGUGAACUUUACGACCUACACAAUGCAAGUCUUUUAUCAACUGCUUCAAAGAAUGGAUCUACCUACUUCAGCCCAUUAAUUGCUUCAGGAAAUAUUGUGGAGUCAGAUGUCCUGCAUAGUCUUUCAUCUAAUGUGCUAUUCGAUCCAACUGUUAUAACAUUUAUUGAAACAAUAUUAGGCGGUGGACCAGGCCAUGAAGUAGAAAAAGUAUUCGCUAUUGACAGUGGUUUCUUUCCAGGACUAAGAGGUCAGCCUAUCAGCACAUUAAUGUUUCCAGAUUAUCUAACUGGGAAUAUACCCUAUGAAGUUAAUAAUGCCAGACAUACAAAUAAUCAAGUUUAUUCAAAAGAUACACAGAACACUGUAACAACUACUAUUGGAUCUGAUUUUGACUCAGUAACUACUGAACAGUUUAAAAUAUUUUUUAAAGAUAAUAAUUUAUUGAAAAAAUUAUUUCAAUUUGAUCCUGAGUUGAAAUCACACGAGUUGAAUGAUAAUUGUAUGGAAAGUAGUAGAAGUACAACUGGUGAGAUUUUCAGUGAUACAGACAAUACAAAGGAGAAGAUAAGCACAGAUAAUGAACAAAUCAAUUUCAAAAGUUUUUUAAGUUAUAAAACUGAAACAGGAGAUGAAGUUACAGUUCGUUUAUCUCAACUUCUAUUAGUCCCACUUGAAGAGCUGAAUAGCGAUCUUUAUCAAUUGGCAUCACAGAGAGUCUUAACAUUCAAUGAACUGUUUCAUACUGUGUUGGUGAAUACUGGAACCAUAACAGUUGGUCUAUAUCGUCGCGUGGAAGACAGUAAGAAUACAAGAGAAGAUAUAUCCUAUGAAAAUGCACAUGAAGUCAGUGCAAGCAUUGAACGAUUUGUUUACACACUACCAGAGCCUAAAACAAUAAUAUAUCCUAAUGAUAUGGUCUAUUGCCUUACAGCUAUGACAGAAAAUCCAAUGACAGAACAACAAAUAUUAUAA